CCGACGCUUCUUCUGGAUGUUACAAACUUCGUAACAAAGUUAAAAUACCCUGUUCAGGGUAUAAUUACGAAAAUACUACAAGAAAGUCAAUGAGGUCAUAAAAAGAAAUUCUUUGAAAUGACUGAAGCUCUUCGUGGCCAGCAGCCAUAGCGUGGGUUUUUUGUUUAACAUUUAUUUUUAAAUAGAACUAAUAUAGCAUGUUGGCAGUUGCUUCCGUUCUCAAAAAUGUUAAUAUAUAUUGCAUAGUAUUAGAUUAUAUCACGCACAUUUAUCGUAAGAAAUAACAGCUUCCGAGAAUUUUACCAUUAAAUAUUUUAAUCUACGAACUGUUUAUGAAAACGUUGUCAAGUUGCAGUAUUUUUUGGCUUCAAUUUUCAAGGAAAUUGAGUAAAGCAAAUUUUUAAGAAUUUUUUAUUUGUGCAAAAUUAUUGACAUUUUUUAAUUAUUAGUAAUUUUUCAUUAUUAUUUUAUACACUGGAGAUCUAAUUUCUUGGGACGGCUUUGGAAUACCGUUCCACCAUUAUUUGCAGUCAAGUUAUUCUUAUUAUUUAGGACUUUUUGCUUUCCUUAAUUAAGUCGAUUUUUAUUACUUUUGCUGAAAAAAAAUGUAACGUUAUGUACAUAAUAAAAAAACAUUAUUUCAAAAGUGUGUAAGUAAGAAAAAAAAGCAGAGCUCUCUUUAUAACACUUGAAAAUGAGCAGAAAUAUUCGAAGAAGUUUCACGUGCGACUAUGAAAACAAACUUUAUAAGUUGAUGCUUACGUGAGUCAAUUGAGAAUCGCAAGACCAAAAUAAAUAAUAACAUAAAUAACUCUAUAAGCAAGAAAAAAGAACCAAUAUAAAAACAAAAUCAAAUAACAAAGGAAAGAUUGAUAAAAAGGCGGCGUACCUGUCACGAACGUUGUUCAAAAACCAAUAAUAAUAAAGAAAAACACAAAACAAAGUAAGCGAAAAAGGCUAUAAAAAUAAACGGUAGCAAAAUACUAGACUCGAGACAUCAAAAAUCGCAUAUCAAUAAAAAAAUUUCAAAUCUAAAUUCCUCUUUUUGACAAGACUUUCACAAUAUCGUUGCAAGAAUUAGAUUUAUAUGCGAAAACGUGUUAAAUUACAAGUGAAUACUGGACGCAGGCGCUUUGGCUAGCAAUAGAUCAAACGCAUUCGUACAAUAUCUUUUUCGUUUUGGUCCAAAAUUGUGGCAAAUAUUCGCUUUUCGAACUGAUUGAAUAUUUUCGGUUUUUUGUUUUUGAAAAUAAGUAAAUAAAAAUUGAAUAUAAUAAUAAUAAAUCAAACCAAGCGCACAUACACUCAAGCAAAGAAAUCAAAAAUCUGAAAAGUAAAAAGAAACUUUUGGCAAGCAACGGGAAAUAGAAACGAAUUUACAAGACGACGAAACACAACAGAUGGAGGCAAACGAACGGCAAACGUGGUACUUUUCCACUUUACUCGUCUUCUGUUUUCACAAAAUCUUAUAUACUCCUGCCAAUCGUUUGCAUUGUCAUAUUGGCGCAAAUUUCCACUUCUUCAGGUCGAACAUUACACGGAAGAAAACGAAUUCUACACUCAUUAGAGAAUCGCCUGCAAUAUCACAAACAAUUAAUGCAGUACGAACGUGAUAAUUUAUCCCCUAUACUACAUAGUCUACAACCGCAACGUCGUCAUCACUUGAAUGUGCGUUCGACCAAAAUGUGCCCAGAAGAACGUAUGAAAGCAGCUCUAGAAAGUAUACGAAAUCAAUCGCUUAAAUCGCACAGCACGCUUUUGAGGCAGAUUGAUGAAUUUACUAAUGUUCGUUUUAAUGAAACUAAGGAGAAAACCCUCCACAACUGGAGCAAACAUAGUUUAAGUUUAGAACAUAAAUAUAAUAAAUCAAUCACCCGUCAAAUUAAAUUGGAUAUAAAAACAUGUAAAAAUGUGAAUUCAGCACAAAAAUCAAUGGCCGAAAAAUUGCGCGAAAUUGUUGACAUAUAUGAAACAUUCAAAAUCUUGCGAACCGUACUCGAAGAAGUUAAAACUGAGAACAACACGCUGGAAUGGAUACAAAAAUUUAAAAAUGAAUCCCAUGUUAUAAUCGACUUUUUGCAAAGCAUACACGACGAGCUCACGAAUAAUGUAAAUGCUGCACAGAGUGCAUUCAUGAGUACACGAAACUGUGCUUCAUUAAAUAAUGAUCACCUUAUCAACGAGACCACCAUACCCAAUUACAACAGAACCGCCCAGGUGAGAGAAUGGUUGAUAGUUGUGGAAACCCUAAGCUUCUUCAAUUAUCUAAUAACCAAACUCAAUGAUUUGAUGCAAAUGUGCAAUUAAUGUAUAGAAAUGCAACAAAAAACAAAAACAAAUUAUGUACUUAUAUGCCUAAGAGGCCGUCACACCGAUUCAUUAAUAAUAUGUAAAGGAACACAUAAACCAGUAAAAAAUUAGGCGGAAUAAUGUUUUUCAUACAGAUUUACAAAGAAUUUGAGUGUGUGCGAU